AGUUUCCUCCCCUCAUGUUGGCACUAUUGCUUGUCAAUCUGUUGUUGUCAGUUUGUCGUAUUGUGAAGUGUUCGCCACGUUUUUGUGUUAUUAUUUGAUAAUUAUCGACUUAAUCAUGCCGAAGUCAUUUAAAAGCAGUGCAAGAGAGAUUGUGUUGAAGGUGCGUGCCUUUUGUGAGAGAGAAAAGGCAAACCAAGCCCCGUUAAUUCCACUCAAUCAAGUGCGAUCUCGAGUCGCCGCCAUGACAGGAAUGUCGGAGAAAACCGUAAGUAGAAUUACUAAAGAAGGUGAAAUUGCUGCCUCUACCUCACAAAAACUGAAGUCUCCUGGAAAACAUCGUCUGAAACGUAAAACAGUGGAACUUGAUGAUUUCGAUUUAUGCGCUAUAAGAAAUAAAGUUCAUGAAAUGUAUACUGUAAGAAAAGUUGUUCCUACCUUAAAUAAAUUACUUGUAGAAUUAAAGAAUGACAUCAAUUUUGUUGGGGGCCGAACGACUUUGUGGAAAAUUUUAAAACAGCUUGGAUUUCAGUACAAAAAAUGUGGUUCGAAACGGAAAAUUUUAAUGGAAAGACACGACAUAGUUGCAUGGAGACGAAAAUAUAUCGAUACCAUGAGGAAAAAUCGUAUAGACGGACGGCCAAUAGUUUUCUUAGACGAAACAUACAUUCAUGCAUCAUAUGCAGUGAAAAAAUGUUGGCAAAAAGAUGGCGAGGACGGAGUACUAACAAAUGAUUCUGCUGGAACGCGAUGGAUUAUUGUUAAUGCAGGUGGAGAAAUAGGAUUUAUUCCUAAUGCUCAAUUGAUUUUUAAAUCACAGAGUAAAUCCGGGGAUUACCAUGACGAUAUGAACAGGACUAAUUUCAUGAAGUGGCUUUCAGAGAAACUUGUACCCAAUUUGCCUCCAAACUCCUUAGUCGUCAUGGAUAAUGCUCCCUAUCACACCGUACAAGUGAAUAGAGCACCUACUAUGAGUUCGUCAAAACUGCAAAUGCAAAAUUGGAUUACAAAUAAGGGAUUGUCAUAUUUACCAACAAUGUUGAAAGCAGAACUCUAUCAAAUUAUAAAAGAGCACAAAGAAGCACCAAUUUAUGAGGCUGACCAAUUAUUUAUAAGUCACGGCCAUCAAGUGGUAAGGUUGCCCCCUUACCACUGUGACUUAAAUGCUAUAGAGCUUAUGUGGAGCCUUUUAAAGAGACGAGUAGCUUCUAAUAAUGUCAGACAAGAAGCUGGGAAUAUUGUGAAACUAACUGAAGAAGCUUUUUUAUCUAUAACCCCCCAUGAUUGGCAAAAACAGUGUCAACACGUCAAAAAUAUAGAAGAUAAAUUUUAUGAACGUGAUGGUUGUAUGGACAAUGUUACUGAUAGUUUCAUAAUUGAAGUAGGAAACGAUAGCAGCACAGAUUCGGAUGCGUCAGAUGAUGAUGUUAGUACAAGUGAUAGUGAUUUGUCUGGAAUCGUCCCUUUAGACCAUAAUUACUCUGUCAGAAUAAAUUAA